AUGGGAUCGGAUGUGACGUUUCUCAUAUGCAACGAGUCGUUUCGUGCCCACAAGAGCAUACUCGCCGCCAGGUCUCCUGUUUUCAAUGCCCAGUUCUUUGGAGAAAUGAAAGAGAAGAGCUCGCGGCAUGUGGUGAUCAUGGACAUGGAACCGGAAGCAUUCAGAGCCAUGAUCCAUUUCAUCUACACGGACACGGUCCCUGAAUUGGAAAAGCAGGAGGAGGUGUUGACGGCGAUGGCUCAGCAUCUGCUCGCAGCCGCUGACAGGUAUGGAGUGGACAGGCUCAAGCUGAUAUGCGAGGCCAAGCUCUCUCGUGGUAUCACUGUGGACACGGCAGGGACAACUCUGGCCUUAGCCCAGCAACACAAUUGUUCACAGCUCAAGACCAAGUGUGUCAAGUUCAUCGUCAGCACUCCUGAAGUUCUUGACGCUGUCCUGGCAACUGAAGGGUAUAAGCACCUGGAGGCAAGCUGCCCUUUGGUGCUAACUGAGCUUCUCAAGUCUGCCCAUGGGAGGAAUGCAGAAGCGUAG